CGUUUAUGUCAAUUAAAAACAGCAAGUGAUUGUGAAUCAUUAGAUUAUCAAAAACGACAAGUAAGUGGUAAUUAUGGACCUGAUGCAUUCUUCAAUUCAGGCUGGACAGCACCAUUAUGGCCUUCAAUUACAACAACAGCAAAGACUUAUAUUGAUCCUCAUACAUAUGAAGAUCCAACAAAAGCAGUCAAAGAUUUUGCACGUGAACUUGAUCCAAAUUUAAUUGUCAUAGAAUCCGUCAUUGGUGGAGGAGAAUUUGGUGAUGUCUGCCGUGGUAAAUUACGUACAAUAAAUAUGAUGAAAGAUAUUCUUGUAGCAAUAAAAACAUUAAAACAAGGUGCAACAGAUAAAACUCGUUUAGAUUUUUUAUCUGAAGCAAGUAUUAUGGGACAAUUUGAUGAUGAAAAUGUUAUUUAUUUGGAAGGUGUUGUUACAAAACAUCAUCCAAUUAUGAUUGUAACUGAAUAUAUGGAAAAUGGUUCAUUAGAUACUUAUCUUCGAGCAAAUGAAGGAAAUAAAUGUCUUGAUGCAUUACAAUUAACACGUAUGUUAUGUGGUAUUGCAUCUGGAAUGAAAUAUCUAUCAGAAAUGAAAUAUAUUCAUCGAGAUUUAGCAGCACGAAAUAUUCUUGUUAAUAAAGAUCUUAUAUGUAAAGUAGCUGAUUUUGGUUUAAGUCGUGAAAUUGAUGAAGAUAAUAGUUAUACAACAAAAGGUGGAAAAAUUCCCAUACGUUGGACAGCUAUUGAAGCAAUCGAUUAUCGGAAAUUUACAUCAGCAUCUGAUGUAUGGAGUUUUGGUGUAUUAUGUUGGGAAGUUAUUUCAUUUGGUGAAAGACCUUAUUGGAAUUGGUCAAAUCAAGAUGUAAUUAAAGCAGUUAAAAAUUCUUUUCGUCUUCCACCACCUAUGAGGUGUCCUGAUGUACUUUAUAAAUUAAUGCUUGCAUGUUGGAAUGAACAAUAUUUAGAACGACCAAAGUUUAGUGAAAUUGUUCAACAAUUAACACAAUAUAUUCAAUUACCAAAUCAUCUUCUUCCAUUAGCGAAACAAAGAUUCCUUUUUGUCAAUCAUCCUGAUCAACCAAAUAUUGCUCAAAUAACAUCAAUUAAUGAUUGGUUUCAUAAUCUUGAACUUGAUCGUUUAAUAUGUUUAUUUAUUAAUGCUGGUUAUACAAAUCUUUCACAAAUAUGUCAUUUUAAUUCAUCAGAUUUAAAAAUUUUUAUUGGUAAUAAUAAUAUUACACAUGAUGAACAAAUUCGUUUAUUAAAUAGUUUAAAUCGUAUACAAUCUGAACUUGUAUUUAUACCAUCAAAAUCAUUGUUGACUAGUGAAGGUUAUCUUGUAUAA